CUCUACCUCUGAAUAUAGACCUCAAAAUAAUGCUUCGUACCACAGAGACACGAAGUCCAGAUAGAGUUGACAUUUCAAAAUUAAAAAAUCAAACAGCUGAGAUUGACAGUCGUGUUGUGUUCUAAACUGUUUUGUUGAGUAUUUGAAUGGAAAAACGUAUUUUGUAUUUAAUAUUUUCAUUUAUUCUUCCAGUAUCUUUUUAAAAUGACGAACUAUGCAAAGAAAGAGAAAAAAUGGUUUAAACCGAUGUUCGACUUCGACGAAGGAGAAAAGCCGCUGAAAAAAAUUAAAACUAAUACGCAAACACAUAAAAAACAUGAAAAUAUUGCACAAGUGGAAAAUGAGAUUUCAGACACUAAUUCUGGUGAAAAAGAAUUUGUUAUAAAGGAUCACAAACAUUGGAUGAAGACAUUUGAACCAGUGAAUGUUGAGGAUUUGGCUGUUCACAAUAAGAAAGUGCAAGAAGUAGAAGAUUGGGUAAAGACAGUGAGCAGUAACAAUAAUAGUGACAUAUUACUCAUGACUGGGCCUGUUGGCUGUGGAAAAACUAUAACAUUGCAGGUUUUAGCCAAAAAGUAUGGUGUUAGAAUUACUGAAUGGAUAACUCCAGUAGAUAUCGAUAUUCCAAGUGAAAAUGGUGAAUAUGAAUUUAAACAAAGACAGUCCGUCAGAUUUCUAGACUUCUUGCUGAAUGCAGCUAAUUACACAUCCUUGUUGGAUGGUAAUAGUAGAAAGCUGGUGUUGGUUGAAGAUUUUCCAAACACUUUUCUGAGAACACCUUCGGAAUUCACAGAAGUUUUAUUACAAUAUCAGCAAAGAGCUAAGUCACCAAUAGUUUUCAUAUGCUCAGAAUCUCAUACAGAUAACAAAAAUUCAGCUUCUAAUAUCUUUACACCAAGUUUGAAAGAGCAGUUCAACAUACAUCAUAUUAGUUUUAACAGUGUAGCCCCAACAAAUUUAAAGGCAGCUUUAAAAAGAGUUUCUAAUAUAAUUAGUAAGAAGCACACAGCAGUGUAUAACUGCCCAACUGCAGAUGUAAUAGAAUGUGUUGUUAAUUCGUCAGCUGGGGAUGUGAGGUCAGCUGUGUUGAACUUGCAUUUUGCAUGCUUAAAAGGGGGAUCAAAGCAAAACAUGGACACAAGUAUAGUACAUGGCAAAGAAACAAAAAGUAAAACUACCAGAAAGAAAAAGUCAUCAUCCAGUAAAUUCAUGUCUUUAGGAAAAGAUGAAUCAGUGAGCAUUCUACAUGGAGUAGGCAGGGUAUUAAAUCCAAAAGUAAUAGAAACCGAAAAUGGGAAUAAAAAGUUUACACACAAUCCUGAAGACAUAGUAGAACAAUUCAUUAGCCAGCCUGUGUCAUUCGUCAAUUUUUUGGAAGAAAAUUAUCUGCCACACUUUUCCAAUAUUGAUCAUGUAGAUAAAGCUGCAUCAGCUCUUAGUGAUUCAGACUUAAUGCUGGCUGAAUGGAGAGAAAAAAUGUGUCAAGAGUAUGGUUUAUAUAAUGCAGUCGCCAGUUUGAUGCUCGCCAACAAAGCUCCUGUCUCAGCUUGGAAUCCAGUAAGAGGCCCGAAAAAUAUGAAAAUACAAUACCCAACUGUACGCGAACUCAGGCUAUUAGAAGAAAACUACUUAUACAAAGGAAAAAUAUUAGUUUCAGAUUACCAAACAUAUUGUAAAAUAAUAAGUAAUCAAAAUUGAUACCUG